GGCGGCUGCGGCGGUGGCGGCGGCGCUGUUCCCCGCGCAGUCCUCGGAGCCGGGUCCGGGCUGUGCGAGGUCGGGUGACGGCGCUGCGACCCCGGCCGGUGUCCGACCCCGGGUCGCCUCCCAGGCCGCCCCCCGGGCCCCGCGUCCCCUCCCCCGCUGGCGGGGCCCGGACUAAAGAUGGUGCAGAAGAGAACAGCCGAACUUCAGGGCUUCCACCGUUCGUUCAAGGGGCAGAAUCCGUUUGAGCUGGCCUUCUCCUUGGACCCUGCCCAGCACGGGGACGCUGACUUCAACCCCCAGUGCGAGGUCCGACCUGACAUGCCCUCCAGCCAGCCCAUCGACAUCCCGGAUGCCAAGAAGAGAAGCCGGAAAAAGAAGCGCUGUCGGGCGACCGACAGCUUCUCGGGCAGGUUCGAAGAUGUCUACCAGCUGCGGGAGGAUGUGCUGGGGGAAGGGGCCCAUGCCCGUGUGCAGACCUGUGUCAAUCUGAUCACCAACCAGGAGUAUGCUGUCAAGAUCAUCGAGAAGCAGCUGGACCACAUCCGCAGCAGGGUGUUCCGGGAGGUGGAGAUGCUCUACCAGUGCCAGGGACAUAGGAAUGUCCUAGAGCUGAUUGAGUUCUUUGAGGAAGAGGACCGCUUCUACCUGGUGUUUGAGAAGAUGCGUGGAGGGUCCAUCCUGAGCCACAUCCACAGAAGGCGCCACUUUAACGAGCUGGAGGCCAGCGUGGUGGUGCAGGACGUGGCCAGUGCCCUGGACUUCCUGCAUAACAAAGGUGUGGUGGGGUUGUGGAGUCUGCCCCAGGUCCUGGCCGCUUUAGAGGCACCCUCCCCCCCAACUCCCUGUUCUGUCUCCCUAGGCAUCGCCCACAGGGACCUAAAGCCAGAGAACAUUCUGUGUGAGCACCCCAACCAGGUCUCGCCGGUGAAGAUCUGCGACUUUGACCUGGGCAGUGGCAUCAAACUCAAUGGCGACUGCUCUCCCAUCUCCACGCCUGAGCUGCUCACCCCGUGUGGGUCAGCUGAGUACAUGGCCCCAGAGGUGGUGGAAGCCUUCAGUGAGGAGGCCAGCAUCUAUGACAAGCGCUGCGACCUGUGGAGCCUGGGCGUCAUCCUCUACAUCCUGCUCAGCGGCUACCCGCCCUUCGUGGGCCACUGUGGCAGUGACUGUGGCUGGGAUCGAGGAGAGGCCUGCCCAGCCUGCCAGAACAUGCUGUUUGAGAGCAUCCAGGAGGGGAAGUAUGAGUUCCCCGACAAGGACUGGGCCCAUAUCUCCUUCGCCGCCAAAGACCUCAUCUCCAAGCUGCUGGUCCGAGACGCCAAGCAGAGGCUGAGCGCUGCCCAAGUCCUGCAGCACCCGUGGGUGCAGGGGUGCGCCCCGGAGAACACCCUACCAACACCCUUGGUUCUGCAGAGGAACAGCUGUGCCAAAGACCUCACAUCCUUCGCGGCUGAGGCCAUUGCCAUGAACCGGCAGCUGGCCCAGUGUGAGGAGGACGCUGGGCAGGACCAGCCUGUGGUCAUCCGAGCUACCUCACGCUGCCUGCGGCUGUCCCCGCCCUCCCAGUCCAAGCUGGCCCAGCGGCGCCAGAGGGCCAGCCUGUCCGGCACCCCCGUGGUCCUUGUGGGGGACCGUGCGUGACCCCCACCAGCCCCUUGUACAUACGCCCUGCCCUGCAGGGCCUGAAGGCUAGGGACCGGGGUGCCCGCCCCUUGCCCUGGGGCCCCAGCUCCCCUGGGUCCUGCUGGGGUGUGGGGUGGUUCUGUUGGGAGGUGUUCUCUCUCUCUCCUGUCCUCAGCCCGUCCUGCCCCUGCCCGUUUGGCUUUGUUUUGUUUUGUUUUCCUUUUACCACUAUUGAAAGCAAGUGCCCAGGAGGAGGGCGGAGGGUGCCGGCCGCUGGCCUGCACCCCGCGAUGCUCGCCUGUCAACUGUGAAGGCCAUGCCGCCUGCGCCCCCACCUCCACUCCGGCUACUCCGCUGUCUUCCAGGGCUGGGGGUCCCGCAGGGUCCGCACCCCGCACUCUCCCUGCCCCUCAGUGUUGUCAGGGACAGACAGGCUCUCCUGGGGAGCACAGUCGCCCUUCGUCGGUCCGCCAGGGCACCCUUGGAUCUGGGGCAUGGAACUCCACUGUCCUGGAUAGAGUCCUCUGGGGGGGCGGGUGGAUGGGGACAAUGCACCUGAUUGACCCCCAGCCCCCAUCCCCUACCUGCCCCGUCCCUCGGAGGGUUGACAAUCAGAAUCUCCUCCAGGCUGCGUAGCUCUUGCUCCCAAUCCACUUGCCAGGGGCAGACGUGGAGGAGGACCCUGCAUCCGGCCAGCUCCACCAAGGCAGGAGAAGUGCUGGCCAAGGCCCACAUCAGCAGACAUGGGGUCCCCACGUGUCUCCCCACCCAGGGCACCUGAGUGCCCCCUCUCAGGGCUCAGCCUGACCACGGCCAUGUCCUGCCCUCUGCUGCCCCUGGGUCUGGAGUUCACGAGCUCUCCUGGCUACUUCUGUUACCCAGAGCUGCAGUCGCACUCAGAGGUCCCUCACCUCCCCUCUGCCCCCAAGGGCAGUGACGUGGGUGUGCCUACCUUCAGGAAAGGGGCUGACGCUGCCUUGGCCUCCCGUGGGCAUCCAGGAGAGGCUGGGAAGGCACCGGGGUGGCGCUGCAGGGCCCAGGCCUGGGGCUCGCUCUAGCCACCAGCUACUAUGCAAUAUGAGUUCCCAUUUUCUCCGGGGCCCUGCCCUGCUGGUCGGGGGCGGCGUCAGGGGCCAGGCCACCCCGCCCUGCAACUCUGCUCAGGUGUCUCCAGGGCAGCCCUGGCCUCAAAACUCCUUGGUCAAGAUUGUUUGUCAAGUUUAGUUUAGGCUCUUUUUUUUUUUUUUAAAGACAUAAUUUGACUUGCUUCCCUGUUAUUGAAGAGUACUUGAAUGUCGGGGGUCUGGUGGGUGGGGGCUUGGGACACCCACUGCCCAGCACCCUCCUCCCUAGUCUCAUAGGGUCGCCGCAGUGGGGGGGUGGACAUGCCUUCAGUCCUGCCUGCCUCUGGACACACUUCCAAAGACCCCCUGGAGGGUGGGGGGCUCCCGGGCGCCCCGGUUCUCGCCCAUCAGCAUGAUUCAGCUGUUGGGCACACGAGGACUUGCCCUGCAGGUUCUAGAAGCAACCUGACGGGAUGGUGAGCAGUGUUGGUCCUUCCGUGCCAGACCUGGAAGACGGGUCAGACCCCUAACUGUGAAUGAGAGACAUCCCGGGGUGGCUUGGCCACAAACCAUGCUGAAUUCCGUAAGAAGAGAACGUGUUUAGAGUGGGACGGGCAAGCACUUUGAGCGCCACCCCACCGGGGAGAGACGGCUACCGACCCCUUCCCAACUGUCAACGCCAGGAUUUUGUAUUCUGUUUUGUAAGGAUUUAAUAAAAGUUGAAAAUCUCUGCA